UUUAAACUUUGUCACUGAGUGAAAGAAGCUUUGGGGAGAAGCAGAGAGAGAGAGAGAGAGAAGACUCAUCCCAGCCACCAGUGAUUCCCGGGGUUCGCCGGGAACCCCCAGUCCACAUCAGCAGAGGCCCUUGGAGUGGGACUUGGUUAUAGACAGAGACAUGGCCUCCAGCUGCCAAAUGGGCAGCAUCGACAGCCUGGAGCUGCUGGACCUGCUCUUUGACCGACAGGACGGGAUCCUCCGGAACGUGGAGUUUGGGGGCCACACGGCCGGCUGGCCUGGGCCAGAGCAGAGUCAGCUGCCCGGUGCCCAGGAGAACGAGGAUUUCCUCUGCUCCAUCCUGGGCUCAGGGGACUCCGGCUCCGACUCCUCAAUCUGGUCCCCUGCAGCCAGCGACAGCGGCAUCUCCGAGGACCCGAACUCGGACCAGCUCGACAGCCCCCAGCACUACGUGCCCACAGGCAGCCCGGGGCCCGGCGAGUCGGCGUACCCCUACCAGGAGGCCUCCCAGGCCCAGCCGGCUCCCAGCCUGCCUGGGGCUGACCUGCGCGAGGCUGAAGUCUCCAUAGACCUCGACAUGUGGAAUCCUGGUUUUUUCUCGGAGAAGAGUCACGACCUGCCUGAUCCCGCUCAGAUCGCCGCUUCCUGCACCCUGACAGUGAAGGACCUGCUGCUGUCCAGCAGCUGUGAGAUGCAGCAGCAGCAGCUGAUGACCCCAGCGCUGCUGAGACAAAGUCACGGGCACUGCCAGGAGCUGGUGCUGACAGAGGACGAGAAGAAGCUGCUGGCCAAGGAGGGGGUCACGCUGCCCACCCAGCUGCCCCUCACCAAGUACGAGGAGCGGGUGCUGAAGAAGAUCCGUAGGAAGAUCCGCAAUAAGCAGUCGGCUCAGGAAAGCCGGAAGAAGAAGAAGGAAUAUAUCGACGGGCUGGAGAGCCGGAUGUCGGCCUGCACGACGCAGAACCAGGAACUGCAAAGAAAAGUGCUGCACCUGGAGAAGCAGAACUCGUCCCUCCUGGAGCAACUGAGGAAACUCCAGACCCUCGUGGUGCAGUCGACUAACAAAGCCGCCCAGACGGGGACCUGCAUCGCGGUGCUGCUGCUCUCCUUCGCCCUGAUCGUCUUCCCCUCCAUCAGCCCCUUCACCCCCAAUCAAGCGGAGCCGGAAGGUGACUUUGGGCCGGUGAGAGUGUUCUCCAGGUCUCUCCAUAACGAUGCCUCCUCCCGCGUGGUCUAUGCCCUGAGGAAGGAUGCCGCCGAGAGCCCCCAGGAGCCGGAGAAUCCCGUGUGGACAGAGUACGCCGGCGAGGCCCAGAGCGUCCUCCGCAAAUUCCUCAGCAGCCACGUGCUCGCCAGGCCCCAGGCAGAGGCUCCACAGGCCAACGGGACGGGGGCCCUGCCGCAGGACGGACACUCGGACUUGGAGGGGCUGAGUCACGAUGGCCCCAUCGCGGCCUCGCUGGCCUGGACAGAGCCCAGCCAGCCCAGCCAGGUGCGGCUGGAGCCGGCCGAGGAGCUGUGAACGCCCCCGGCCGUGUCCCCCACGCCCGGCCAGCGACGGCAUGAGCGGGAGGGCCGGGCGCCGCUGGCCAGGACCCCGGCCGGGGCGGGGGGGCACUGAUGGGACUGCUGCCCUGGGGGCCUGCCCGGGGGCAGGGGGGCAGAGUGCGUGUGGUGAACCAGUGAGAGAGAAGGGGGGUAAAAAGACGGGGGGCAGCUGGCUCCUCGGAGGCUCCAGCAUGCGCAGGGGAGGGGAGCCUGGCCCCUGGGCAGCUGCCGUUUCACCCAGGCCAGAGCUGCAGGGGAACAAGACUCUCCAGCCCCCAUCCAGCCUUCCACCCCCGCCCCCCCCUCGGGUUGGGGCACGGUCGCUGCCUAAGCACGGGGCUCCCGCCUGGUCCCCUGUGGAUUCCAUGGACUGGGAGGUUUCCCUGCAAAUUGUCUGACAUUUCCCCUUCCUUCACUGCCCCUUCCCCCCUUUUGGUGACACCCCUCUGGGACUGGAGACGUUGAUCCCAGCGCUGCCUCUCCUGGGGCGCACGGAGGGGAUGGGGUGGGGAGUUGAAAUGGCCAGGCACAGCCGGGGGGGGCACAACCCCUCAGGAGCCAGGAGCUCAUUCCCGAGUUCAGCGAAGCAGCACUGACCACGCCUGACGGCUGCGAUGCACCAGGCCCCAUGCUGGGAUCCGGCUUAGCCGCCAGGCAGCGGGGGAGCGUCUGGAGCUGUACGUGUGUGAGAGAGAGAGAGAGAGACUCUGCCGGAGGUCAUGUGCACAGGGCCCCCGACAAUCGACGGGACGCCAGUGCUAAGAUGCUGGAACUGAACCCCCUAAGCAAGGCAGUGUGAGCCCUGCCUGGGUGCCUCCCCCACAUCCCUCGGGGACCCUGUUCUCCAGGCUAAUAUCCUGGGAGGGAGGCAUAGGGAGAACCCCUGAGGUGGAGGCGACAGACCCCGCCUGGGGCCUCAGAGCCCUUCCCCAGAGGGAGGCCUGUGAAAUCCAGCUGGCGCCCGGGCAGCCUGUGUCCCUGGCUAGAGUGGGGCACACGCCAGGGGAGGCCCACAUGGCCAGGAGGGGCCUGGCAGGGGAUGCUGGGAUAUUUGGUGUUUCUCUGUGUUUGGGGCGGGGGGGGGGGAUUUUUUUUUUAA